AUAACAGACUGCUUAAACCCUAACGUCACUUUCUACCGUGUGUGUAACAAUGGAAGAAGAAUCUCAUAUCGAAGAUGGAGAAAAGCAGACCAAACUCGAGGUUGCUCCUGCAUUGAUAUCCGUUCAUCCAUUUCAGAAGUCUGUUGCUGUCACUGUCGGAUCGGAUCUUCGUGUAUUCGAUCUUAUAGAGAAUCGUCCAGUUAGUUUGGUGGAUGAAUCUGAGGGGCCUUCUCAUAAAGAUUCCAUUAGAUGUAUUAGAUAUGGUGCAAAUGGGAAGCUUUUUGCAUCUGCAGGAGAUGACAAGCUCGUUAAGAUUUGGUCUGCUGACUCUUGGCAUUGCCUUACCACCAUAUCUUCUGAAAAGAGAGUUACCGCGGUUGCUAUAUGCAGCGAUGAUUCAUAUGUUUGCUAUGCGGACAAGUUUGGUGUUGUUUGGGUGGUCCAGCUGGAUGGGAUCAAUGAGGGUCAAAUUUUACCUAGCAAGAAGGGUGUGCCAUUGUUUGGCCAUUAUUGUAGUAUUAUUACUAGCCUGGAGUUUUCCACAGAUGGUCGAUAUAUUCUUAGUGCAGAUCGGGACUUUAAGAUCAGGGUGACAGUUUUUCCUAAGAAGCCUCUACAAGGGGCUCAUGAAAUACAGAGCUUUUGUCUUGGACAUACAGAGUUCGUCACCUGCAUAGCCUUUGUUCAGAAUCUAGAGCUUACUCAAGGAUACCUCAUGUCUGGAAGUGGAGAUUCAAGUGUUCGACUGUGGGAUAUUACAUCUGGGUCUCUUCUGGACACAUGUAACAUUAGUCCAAUGGUCAAAUAUUUAGAGUCUAAUGAAAGUGAGCCGACGCAAGUCACAGUUACCGACAUAUGCGCACUACCAAAUUCUUCUCUUGCAGCAGUAGCUAUUCAAAGCUUUCAAGGAAUAGUAUUGCUAAACUGUGAUUUAUCAGUCCAUACUCUCUCCAUUACAAAGGUGAUUAAAAUCCCUGGAGAGAGUUUCAUCCCAACAAGUAUAUCUUUUAGCACAUCUACAAGGUCACUAUGGAUAGUAUCAGGCGCCUCUAAUGGUUCAAACCAUCCUGGUUAUACAAGGGUUCGUCUCAUCUCGUGCAUUGAAACUGAACUAUCUUCAAUCCUUGAAGAUGAGCAGAUUCCUGGAGGGACAAAACUGUUGGAGCAUCUGCAAGGUAAAUUUUCAAUAGAAGAGAGUGUGAUGAGUGCUGCAGCAGAAGCUGCGAGAGCAGCAAUGUCCAGCCUCUUGAUGAAGAAGCAAUACUCUGAAGAGAAUAGAGAGUUCAGGAAAAACAACAGAAAUGAUAAGAAAACCACACAGUGAUUACAAUUUGCUGAUCUGUUUUCUGGCUUCUGAUUAAUGUUUUGUUAUGUGAUCUUUUAUCAUUGCAACUCUUUUUUUUUUGUUGGUGCAAAAACAUAUUCGAAAAUGCAAAUUCAAACAUUGUUCUCA